AAACUCACACCCGUUGAAGCGGCUCCCAUUUCUGUGAUUAUAGACAAUAAUUUAGGCCUCAGCCACUCUCAUUUCCCAAACAUCUUGUAAGAAAGCCCCUGUUUUUACCAUGCUCACAUUAACCUCGGAGUCUUCAGCCGUUCGACAAGCCUCCACAAAGAGCGAGUAUGUAACUGAACAGGUUCAUAAUUGUUUCAACGAUACCGUGUCGACAAUCCACUACUCUGACCCGAUGAUGGUUGGCCAUGGGUCAUUUGGUAAGGUGUUCAAGACCCAGGUAUCGCCUACCAAUGAGGUGAUUGCCAUAAAGACGGUGUUGCAAGAUCCCAAAUUCAAGAACAGAGAACUUCAGAUCAUGAAGUUGAUCCACCACCCAAAUAUCGUUGACCUCAAGUACUUCUUCUACAAAUCGUCAGAACGCCAUGAAGUCUACUUGAACUUGAUGUUGGAGUACGUGCCGGAGACGUUAUAUCAGUAUAUCAAAUACUAUACCCUCAAGAAAAUGCCCAUGCCACUUCUUGAAAUAAAGCUCUACUUCUACCAAAUUCUCAGGGCCAUCAACUUCAUCAACAUCCAAGGUGUGUGCCACAGAGACAUCAAGCCCCAGAAUUUGUUGGUGAAUCCCGCCACGUGCGAGUUGAAGCUCUGCGAUUUUGGUAGUGCCAAAGUGUUGAAGCCACAUGAACCCAAUGUCAGCUACGCGUGCUCACGAUACUAUCGAGCCCCGGAGUUGAUUUUUGGCAACAGUUUCUACUCAACCAAAAUCGAUGUGUGGAGUAUCGGAUGUGUGGUGGGAGAGAUGAUAUUGGGUCGCCCGUUGUUCAUUGGUGAACUGAGCAUCGACCAGCUCGUCGAGAUCAUCAAGGUACUUGGAACCCCGACACGUGACCAGAUCCGCAGCAUGAAUCCCACCUACAGCGAGCACAAGUUCCCCAAGAUCAAGUCCAUCUCAUUGGCGAAGUUGUUUAAGCGCAUUCCUCCAGAUUUAGUCCUGUUGAUGGCACGAGUAUUGACGUACGAUCCAUCACAAAGGCUUACAUGUAUUGAGGCCAUGUUGGACCCGUACUUCGAUGAGCUCAAGGUUCAGGGUGCUCGGGUGUCUACUCUUCGCAACAAUAAUGCAAUGUUCCCUCCACUCUUCAACUUCAGCGCGAUUGAAUUGAGUGCCAGUCCACAAAACAAUACUCGUUUGGUACCGGAGUGGGCGCAUAACCAGCUCCUUAUUAGCUUGCCGCUACAGGAAUUCAGACCAUUAAACCAUAUUGAGUUCCAAAUUCCUCCAAUAUAGAUACAUAGACCACGAAGAGACGUUUUUCACAAUUGCAGCCGUCGUGCCGCUACCAAUU